AUGCAGUCUUCGUUGCUGCAUUUUGUAUGCGACAAGCCAUCAUUUCCUGGUGACAUUCAUGGGCAGUAUGGAGAUCUUCUAAGGCUUUUCGAAUAUGGAGGAUUUCCUCCAGAGGCCAAUUAUUUAUUCUUAGGGGACUAUGUAGACCGUGGCAAACAAAGUUUAGAGUCAAUAUGCCUUCUUCUUGCCUACAAAAUAAAAUACCCUGAGAACUUUUUUCUGUUGAGAGGAAAUCAUGAAUAUUGUUUUAACUGCCUUCCAGUGGCAGCUCUUAUAGAUGAGAAGAUACUCUGCAUGCAUGGUGGUCUUUCCCCUGAUUUAACAGACAUGGAUCAGAUAAGAAAUUUACCACGUCCAACUGAUAUUCCUGAUUCUGGUUUGCUUUGUGAUCUUCUUUGGUCUGAUCCUAGCAGAGAAAUUAAAGGUUGGGGGAUGAAUGACAGAGGAGUCUCAUAUACGUUUGGUCCGGAUAAAGUGGCUGAAUUUCUUAUGCAGCAUGAUAUGGACCUUGUUUGUCGUGCUCAUCAGGUUGUGGAAGAUGGAUAUGAGUUCUUUGCUGAAAGGCAGUUAGUUACUAUAUUUUCUGCUCCCAACUAUUGCGGUGAAUUUGACAAUGCUGGUGCUAUGAUGAGUGUUGAUGAGAGUUUGAUGUGCUCGUUCCAGAUUCUGAAACCAGCUGAGAGAAAGCGUUUUUUAUGUGACAUAAAUUCUGGAGUGCCCGGAUAUGCUGGAUUCUUGAAUGCACGUUUUACAGUCAGAAUUUCGGGCUAUUGUCUGCUCCUAAUGCGCGAAGUACUGUGCUUCCGUUUCGAAGUUUUUACUGAAUAUUUUUCUUGGUGCAAUUUAUGAUUCGACUGUGUACAUACACUUGUAGAUUGUGGUGCACUUGUUGUAGAUCAGUCAAAUGCUGAGUUGCGCCAUACUUUAACGCUACUGUUUUAACCUUUAAUUUGGUAAUUUCAACCUACAUUUGGUUUUCUAUUUGCUUAAGUCAGCGGCCUGCCGGUGAUGGUGAAUGUGACUUGUUGAACUUAAAAUUGUAUACAUGAAAUAACUCUUCAUAUUGCUUUCUGUAUGAUUGAGAAGGCUACCCGAGAUUGUAAGAACUGUGUGGGCCGUUUAAUGUAAUUCGACGUUUGCCAGAAAGCAUUUGUGGAUGUGGUACCAACUUGAGUUAAUAUGUGAC